CACGAUUAAGUGUCAUUUCCGAUAUCAAGAUGGCUUCUUACAUCUUUUGUUGUUGUCGUGACGGUGCUUUCGGUUCUGGCCAUGUUCAGUUGAAGGAACUGCCGUCUGUGAAAUUGGAUACCAGUUUUAUGGGAAAUGAUGUUGUCAUAGUAAAGAAUGGGCACAGGAUAUGUGGAAAUGGCGCUGCUCUGGCCAAUGCCCCAAUUGCACAGAACAAGGCUUACUUUGAAAUCAAGAUCCAGUGUACAGGCUCCUGGGGCGUGGGUUUGGCUACCAGACGGUGCAACUUGAACAAAACCCCACUGGGUACUGACGCAGAAUCAUGGGUCUUACGCCAAGAUGGCUGCAUGAAUCACAACCAGGAAGAGAAGGCUCGCCUACCAGAUGUACCCCAGGAGGGGGAUAUUUUGGGUUUAACGUAUGACCACAUAGAACUGAACUUUUUCCUCAAUGGAAAGCCAAUGGGUGUCCCAUUUAAUGGUAUCAAGGGAACCGUGUAUCCAGUGUUUUAUGUUGAUGAUGGUGCUGUUUUGGAUGUCCAGUUUGAGAAGUUCUACCACACACCCCCUGGUGGCUUUGAUGCAAUCAUGAUUGAGCAGUCCUUGUUGUGAUAACCCCCAGUGCUGUUUCCUGUGUCAUCUUUGGACUUUAACGGGGGUUCGCUGUGCAGGCGCAAAAUGAGUGGUUAUCAAAUUCUCAGAGAAAAGUUGAAAAGUUGUACUGUUUUGUUCAGAGGAAUGUUUUGCUUUUGAAAGUGCACAAAUUGCGUGAGGAAAGUUUACAAGUUUUAGCACAAUAAGUCAUAGCCUGGAUAUAUCACAGAGCUGUUACGUGACGCAAGGAUCUCUUUCUAAUCUUUGUAAUCCACACUUUGAUACAUAUAAUAAGUAUAGAAGAGUUAACUCACUCGCUGCUGUUCCAAGGCUGUAGGGAAUAGUGCCAGUGAACUUACUGAUCCUGAUCUAGACCUUGUAGUAGAAACAAGUAGUGUUAGUGAUUAAUCUGACAUUGAUCCUCUGACCCCAGGGCCAAGUACUGCCCUCCAAACCCCCUUAACCCCCCAUGCAAAUGUAAAAGGAAACAGACUGAAGUUCUAAACCCAGCAGGAGAUGGUACUGCCCCCUGUGAACCCUCCCCCAGUCCUAAGCACAAGUGAAAUUUCAUUUUUGUAAACAUAUUUGGGAAAGAUUAUUUUAAGAAUAACCAUUCAAAAUAUCUUUAAAAUACCUUUUGCUUCAUGCAGAAUAUUCAACUUUUUUUUUUUUUUUUUUACAUGUUAAGUUUCAUUGUUGGGUAGUGACUAAUAUCACAUUGUUUUUUUUUUUUUUAAUAGGUGCCAAAAUGUUGGCAUUCCUUAGAUGUUGAGUCAUAUAGUGUAUGGCAGUGAGUGAGUUAAAAGUCCAGAUUUGGAUUAAUGUUUAGAGUUCAGUGAAUAGAUAAUAACGGGCCUUUUUUUUUUGUAGAAAAAAGAUUUUAGCUUUUAAACAAUAAUCAUUUUCUACACUUCAUACUUUGCAUUAGCAAUUUGCUUCUUUUAUUACCUUUAUAUGCUUGUUCAAAAGAUAUAGAGUAGGCUCUCUGCACCAGCCAUGUUAUUUACUUUUCUUCAAGGCACACACUGCAUUUCAUACCAUUCAAAGGAUUUGUGAAUAUAAAGUGUGGAAUGAAACUAAACACGGGGGUAUGGAUAGGAGUGUAGAUUUAAUUUCUUUUAGUGCUCUUUGUUUUGUCUCCUUAGGUUGACUGCAUUUUUGCGUGGAUUUGAUUGUACAGUCAAAAUGGUCUUAGACAGCCACCCAUUGUCAGGAGAAAAGUGGCUGUCUUAGACAGGACUGAUCGAAAUGAAGAAUACAAACCAUUCCAUUUUUAGGUCCCAAUUGGAGGCAGUCGCAGGUGUAAGACUGCUGUAAAGCCCAUUACAAUGGGAGUUUUUUAUUCGGAGGGACAGCGAAAAGGGAGGCUCAUGGACGCUGUGAGUGUAAAAUCCUACAACAUGUAUCGGAUGAGGCAGGCAGUGUGCAAUGCAAGGGUAAAAACAAAAGGAUAUGUGUUAGACAAGGAGAACCGAGUUUUGUGGUGAAACAAAAAAUGGGUUGCCUUAAUUUUUCUUUUUUUUUCAACUUUUUUGCUUUCUUUUUGCUGUUAAGACUAAAAUCUGUCUUUACUGUGGUUAUGAUAUUGUAAGACUUUGAAAGCUGCAGAAAUUCACAGCUUUGUGUUUAUUCAUGGAUGUUGUAAAUUCUUUGAAAUAGAAUCUUGUGAAACGUAUCUUUUUUGUUUUAGCAAAGUAAUGAUCUAAGUUAUGAUAAUUUGCAUUUGUUCUUUUUUCAUUUCCUGUGCUCAAUGGGUAUUACAGUGACAUUCAGAUAUAAUGAAAUUGUUGGCUCCAACCUUUUAGUUAGUUGGAUCCAAGUAUUUGUUAAAAGAAAGGUGUGAUUUGUGUGAGCAUUUUUUUGAUUGAUAAUAGUUAUUCUAUGGUCUUCAGUUCUGAAUGUGACCUGAUGCAAAUAAAAACGGAAAGAGGCAACGGGGCCCAAAGUGCUUGCUUAUAUGUGUGGUUGCUUCCCUUGGUACAACCCCGUAACAAUAGGACUGGGCUCAUGUUGAGUUUUUGGUGUGAACUGCACUAGAACUUAAAAGUCCAACUUCAACAUCAAGUACAGGUGUUGUCUCUUCAGCCUACAUGUUUCUUGGUCCAUGGCUAUUCUUAUCAUGUCCUUGUCUAUAAAAAAAAAGUUGGCAGAAAGUUUGUUGCAAUGCCAUGUUCACUACAAAAUCUGCUCUCUUUUCACGCUUUGUCGAUGUCAGAAAUACAGAUCAGUUUGGUUCAAAACAAGAAUCAUUUAAUUUUAAUUCUCUUUGUUGCUGAACCGAAGACGUCCCAGGAAAGGACUGGAUUAAAAUUGAAAAGUAUACUACCAUUAUAGUGCCACGGUGUCUAAUGGGAUACCAAAACGCAUGCUGUGUAAAAGUGUGUUUUUGUUCAAAUGCAUGUCUGUACCAAAUGAUGGGUAGUUUCCUGUGAUUCGCAUAAUAUAGUGUAGGGUCUAAGUCUAUAGGGCUUGUUUUGAUUCUAGCUAUAGUUGAAUCCGAGUUUGCUUUAAAUGAGUUUCACUGUAUUGCUGUACAUUUGUCUUCCUGACAGUUUAAGUACCUGACACACAUUUUAUUGUUAGUGAUAUUAUUAUAGUCUUUAUGUUACUUUCUAAAGUGAUUAAAUGAUAAUUAGACAAUUUUAAUAGAGUUGUGAUUAAUGGAAAGUUUUCUUUGGUGUUGCGUAAAAUUAUUGCAUUUAUGAAGAAGAAUUGUCAUAUUGAUUCCCUAUUUAAUUGUAAUUGUUAUACUCUGUCCAUACUUUGAGAUUUGAAAGUCGCCCAUGACCAAUUCAUGACUAUUUACACCAGUGAGAGGACUUGGCUUGUAUGGUGCAUAUGUGACCGUUAGGAAAGAGAACAGUCCACUCCCUCCUUAAAUAGACCUGACUUUCCCUGACUUAUUCUUUUAUUUGUCUGAUAAUUUAACCUGCUAUUUAGACCUCUGUGGUAUGCACAAAUUCUUCUUAAUAUAUAUGGAAAGACCACAGACUUACAACUCAAUUGGUGCCAACAGGUGACUCUGUGUUGAAAGCUGUGAUGUUUUGCAUACAUGAUGGACUCGUGGAAGUUUGGGGUUCAAAUCUGAACUAACCCCUUCAUUUUUUAUUUCACUAGCGCCAUGUGUGUUGCAGUGGACAUAACCUACAUUAGACUGAGAAAAACAAGAAAGCCAAAAAAUGGCUGACAUGAGGACAUUGAUUGUGUAUCUGUGAUGCAACAGAUCCAUGUGUGAAAUCCAUUACCAGCUAAACAAUUUUCCUCAUGUUUUUUUUUUUCUCUUCCUGUCAGGGGCUUUGAGUUAGUUUGUACUAUUGUUUCACUGUCUUUAGAACAUUCACACGAUCGAUUUUCCAAAGAUAUAGUUUAGAAUGUUUUUGUUUUAAUUUUACUGACAUAAGUUUGUGGAACAAGAAGAAGUAUUUUAUUUACAAACCUCACUCAGCUAGUGUGAAGGAAGGAGCUUGUUUUUAAGAAUGUUAAAUGGGCAAAUAGAAAAGCCAUCUUCAUUUCACACAAAGUGAAAUCAGUUUGCAUAUUUUAGAUCUAAUUUAUGAACAUAAAGGUUUAUUGUUGAAUGUGAGGAAAAUAGAAUACAUGAUAAAAUCUAGAAAAGCAGUUAACCCUAAUUGUAAUCUGAUAAGCAAAGAUGAAAAGAUCAAACAAGUUCAACAGUUUAAAUAUCUUAGAUGUAUCAAUACAUCUGAUUCCAAAUGUUUCACUUAAGUAAAACAAAGAAUCACAAUAGUUAAUUAUAACUUCUAUAAAACGAGUCCAAUCUUGAAAAGAUAGAAACUUCUCUAUGAUCAUUAAAAUAAGGGUUCUAAAAAGCUAUGUUUGAUCAACCCUUCUGUAAGGUCAUGAAUGUUGGGCAGUUACCAAAGAUAGUGAAAAUAAAAUGGAAGCGACAGAAAUGUGUUUUUUUAGGAGAAUUUCUUGGACUGAAAAGAAAUCAAACGAUGAAGUACUUAAAAAGCUCAUGUGGGCCACUCAUUAGUAAGAACAAUCACGUAGAGACAAAUUUUGUUGUUUCCAGGAUAUUUGAUUCGACGUAAAGGUUCUGAUCAUCUUGCUCUCGUUGAAAUAAUAAAAGGCAAAUGAGGCAGGGAUGGACUUUCAGAGAAACAUAUUUGGGAAGCCUGAACCAGUGGGUGAUGGGGAAACAAUAUGAUGAUUUAUACGAAUUUUGAGAACAUCUGAGUAGAAAAGUAAAUAGAGUCUGAGAGCCACAAUCGCUGAUCUCAGUUUCAGAUCUGGCACUUUAUGAUGAUGAUAAUUUUUUCUCUCAGCCAAAUGAACGUAGCCCAUUUUGAUUGUCAAGUUACUUACUUGAAUUACAUUUCUUUUGUCAUAGAAUUACAUUUCUUUUAGAAUUACAUUUCUUUUGUCAUAGAGCUAUUUUGUCUUGCCGUGAUUUGAGUUUGAAUAGUUUUUUCUGUUUAUGAGGGGAAGAGUUUGUAAGUACAGAAUCUGAGCGAAAUUGAACCCAGUUGUCUGUUAUUCUUUGUUUUGUUGAAUAUUUAUUUUACAUAUACUUCAAAGCGUGUUCAUGGCCGACUCGAAUGACUGUAUAUCUCUGCUUUGUAUACAAUGGUUGGAAAACUAGAGACUUUUUUGCACCUUCACUUGUCAUGUAGAAGCAUAGUUGGUAUCAUGUUGGACUGUGACAUGGUUCAAAUCCAGAGUAGAGAAUUCUUGAAUAAGGGUUAUUUAAGUUUUCAUGGCUCUCUGUCUUUUAACUUUUACCAUUUUUGCUGUCCGGAAAAAGGUGUCUAACAAGAAAAAUCAGCUUGAGUAAUUUUUGCUCUAAGAUAUAAGAGAUAUGAUGUAUAUUUUUUAGUCAGAACAUGGUUCGCUUGCGGACCAGACUGAAACUGCUAGCGGGCCAGAUUUUGCUAGCAAGCUGUAGUUUGCCAAUGUCUGGUUUAGAUAAUCAGUAAUAUGAGAUGGAUAUGGAAAGGUUUGGAAGGUGGGUCUUUUCUUUUUGUCUUAGGUUAAGUCUGAUGAACAGAAAUUUUGAUACUAAUGAAGGUAACUUUGAUUGGUUUGUUUUCCAAUGAGUUUAUGUUGGCUUGCUGCUUUAAUCUACAUGUUGCUUAAAAAAAUUUUUGCUUCUUAGACUUUUAAAUUUAUGUCCUGUUUCUGUGAAAGCAUAUACUUAGUAAUAAGAUAACGUGUAUGGAACACGGAUGACCUCAUAUAGUUUUUAAUUUUGUACAGUGACAUUUGUGACAUUUAUAGGAGUUUGUUUUCAGAAGGCGAUCUGAGCUUUUAAUUUUAAAAAAUCAAACGGUGUAUCUUAUGUAUUUAUUUAUCUAUUUUUUCACAUAGAGCCUUAUGUAAUCACAGUAUAAGAAUUAUAUUUUGGAAGGUGAUGGUGUAUUAGAAAUGACUAGUAAGUUGUUGUUGUGCAAAAACUUUGUAUUUUUUCUUUUAGCAGGCAUGCAUAAGCUUUAUUUUUCUGUCAUGUGGCAACUGUGCCAUCUGAUAUGGUCUUGAACUGUUGUCAUGCCUGUGUCAGUGUGUCAGAGAAAUGCUGAUGAACAUGUUCACCUCUCUUUGCUCACCUUUCUUUGUUAACUCUCAUUGCUCACCCCUCCAGACACAUAAACAAUCUAAAGUGUGUUGUGGGCGUAAAACAUUUACCACAAAGGAUUGUUCCCUUUUUUUGUUCAUUUCUUAUUAUUCACACAGGCAUUGUUCUUCCCUUAUUGCUCACUUUCUUUGUUCGCUUCUCAUCCCCCCCUCCCUUACUCAUCCCUCAUUGUUUGUCUCUCUUUCUUUGUUCACUUUUUUGCUGUGCAGCUAGACAAAAUUAGUUCUCUCUCAAACUCCAUUUGAGUCAGUUCAGAAAAAGGAGACAUUUUGAAGUGGACUAAGUUAAAAUAAUGAUUGCUAGGAAAUCUUUUAUCUCACUUUUGACAUAGGGUAUUUCCUUAGCCCUAAAUGUACAUGCUAGUGGAGGUCUGCAAGACGGCCAGAUUUUGUUUGGUUUAGCCAGGUUUUCAGUUUAAAGAGGUUGCUGAAACUGAAGUAAAAAUUAAAGUUUUGGGGAUUUUAUUUUCUUUCGGUUAGAUCUACAGCUGUUUCCGGAUGAAUUUUGUAUGAUAAGCAAACUCCACUGUAUCUUUAUGCACAUGAGAUUCCCUUUUACUCAAACAAAUACCUUUGUAUCAAAGUGUCUUGACUCUUUGAACUCAAAUUUAGAGUGUCCACUGAAUUUUGGUUAGUUGCCCAGAUUUUGUUGUAUUGUUCUUGAUGAUGCCAGUGUAAUAUAACCUGUGUGUACUGUUCUUGAUUCCAUCUGUCUGGUGCUUCCUCAUAACAAUAACAUGACCAUGAUUUCUGAAGUGAUUGUUGUGGAAAUCAAAUACUCUAUCUAUAAACCCAUUGUAGUAAUUAACUUCUUUGUGGUUUGUUGGUAACUUUCAUGGGAACAUGUACUGUGAUGAAAGCUGUGACAUCAAACCAGUGGGGUCUUUGUGAUUCAUGUUGAGUGUGGCCUUGGCGUAGCGAAUAUUGCAGAUGAUUGGAGGGCUCCUCUUGUUGAUUCUACUUCUUUGCUCUCUCUGUUUGUUCUGUCCAUUUAUCUUGCUUGCACCCCCCUCUUCUCCAGUUCACGCCAUCUGUAGAUUCAGGAAUAAAAUUAAUGGUGCAGGGGCACUUAACAGUCUACCAUGGUAUUUCUGUUUUACUUGUCGUCGGUCUACCACCAGACUAGUCUGACAACUUUUAUGUGAUAGUCCACUGUAUGGUUCACAAUACUAAACAUUUUCCCCUGUUUGUUUAAACUUUAUACAGGCUUGGAGCUGUCACUUGCGGUAUUAAAGAUGUUUCGUCGCGGGUUGCCCCUGAUUUUUUUAAAGUACGUGUAAUGCAUCAGGAUGUUGGAGUAAUAGUACAAAAUUAGCCUUCGCAACGUUAUGAUAGAAUGCAUUAUUGCAGUAGACUGUCAAGUGGACUGGCACUGUGUAGGUUAGGUAAUCAUGUCGGUUGGGUCCUCCCCUGCUGGUUGUUCUCUUUACUCAAGUCACUUGCAAAGUCACUUUUAGAAUAGCCUGAUCAGAAGCAUUGGUCCACUCUGAAUGAGGUAAGAUUCCUGUGCUAAAAUUCUGCAAAGGCUGUUGCUCUAAUGUCAUUAUGUCCACUGUGGGUCUAUAUGAUCUGCACAGUAAAUGUAUGUCAUGUAACUUUUUCAAAAUGAAAAGAGCCCCCCCCCCCCCCCCCCUAAAAAAAAGUCGAGACUAUUUUAACAUUUUCAAAAUCGAAUUCAUCAGCUUCAAUCUCAUUACCUGCAUUACCUGGGCUGCAUGAUACAUUUUCAUGUUUUAAGUGUAUGAAUUGGUUUUGGUUUUGGUUUUUUUGUUCCCAUUAAUUAUUCUGUAUUCCUGAGAGAUAAAAAGUGAAAGAUAAAUGCACCAUAAAUGAAUCAUCUUCCUUUUCAUUUGGGCAUAUGUUUUACUGCUCAGUUUUCAACAUUUGUUCUUCUUACAGGACAGGUAUGAUCUUCCAUACUGUUCAAUUGUAAUGUACUGGUAUAUGCAAAACAGUAAACCAAAGACUCAGGCCAAUCCUGUAAGUAACACUGACUGAUUUUAUGACCACUCGGCUUCCUGUUUUGGCUAUUUUCAUAGAUUACUGGUUAAAACAGCAGUUAGACAUGGAUGGCUGGUGCCUCUAUAAAUAAUUAUUAAUGAUGAUGGUUAUAGAAUGCUCUUGUUUCUGUGACUAGAAAAUGAGUAUAUCCAAUUUUUGCUUUGCCCAUCUGAGUGGGAUGUUACAUCUCUGCAGAUGGAGAAAGAUAAUUGAUAAAACGAUUUCCCCAUAAGGGAAUCAAACUUGCACGGUCUUAAUGCAACGGGAAGAAUUCAAGCAUUUGACCACAGAAACUGGUGAUAUUUGAAAUUGUUACACUUACCGGCACUGAAAUAAUAUUUUCAGUCAUGUAACAACAGACAUGGAAACCCACGCUUAUACUCUUCUUUUGAUCGUUAUAAAGUUUCCAUUUCUAUAAAUGAAAGUUGUCUUUGUUAUUAUAACUUAUUUACAAAUUUGGCAUUAUUCUCUGGUAAAAGUAAAACUUUUUGACCUCGUAAUCGUUGAGGUUGUGAGUAUGUAAUCAAUAACUGUCAAGCCUUUGUGUUUCAACCAUUCCUUUUUCCAUUUCGAUUUUAGCUAUCUUACUGGAAUAUAUCUAUCAUCUAACAAAUUUAUUUGCUAUUUCUGUAUCAAAUUUAUAUUUUGUGUCCUUUUGAAGAGUCCUCUUUCUUUUUGUGCGAUGUUUUCGUGUUGUUAUGUAAGUUUGUGAGUUGGGAUGUGUUGGUUUGUGCACAUAUAUGAUGUGUCUAUAGUGUGUAUGCUUGUGUGAUCAUAUGCUGGUAUACAUGCUUUUUUGUCUGUGAAUUUGUAUGAAAAUGCAUGCCUGCUUUCUCUGUACAAUGAGAUCUGCAUUUGAAGAAAACACAAUGAUUAGUUUGUGUAUUUAUUUAAAGCUUGAUAUGAAAUGGAAUGUUGCAAUGUCAGAUGGAAUAUUUUCUUGAGCUGUUGCUCAGGUUGAAGAGAUUGUUUAUUUUUUUUGGUGUGUGAGACGGUUACAACCCACCCCCUCCCUGACACACACAUAUUCGAUAUGAAUGUGUAAGAAAUGUAUUUCUAUCCCUAUUGGUCUGUGGAGUUGGCAACUUUGUUUUCUCUGACAAAUCUCAAGUUUUAUUUGGUGCAAAAAAAAGCAUUAGUAAUCCAAUAGAAUUGGAAACAUUUGCUGAUGGCUUAAUUGUGUUUAUUGUUUUCAAUGACAUUUUCAAGUCUUAUAUGUUUGAUUCUUACAUGAUAGACCAUUCCUUGAAAUUGUAUGGUACAUGUGGUUGAAAUGACAGAAGUUGUUGGGUUUGGUGGCUUCACAAAGUGCAAUAAUCUCUUGUUUGUCUUUUGUAAUGUGCUCUGGGUAUGGAAUGGCUGAUCUCAAAGCUUUAAAAAUAAACUAUUUUAAUUUGAGGACCUUGGAAAAAAAAUGUUCAUUCUCUAUUGGCUAUAAUGAAGUAAUGGUUUUAACAAUGAUCUCAAAGAAAAUAACAUUGGGACUUUGACUUUUAAUUAAGAAAAAAACUUUAUUGUGCGUUCAGUCAUGAAGACAGGUUUCUGACAUUUGUUGGUCCCAGGUUCUUACUUGAAUCAGUUGGUCUAUCUUCACUUGAUUCUUAUUUAUGUAAACUUCUCUCAGUGCUAUAUUGAAUCAUUGAAAGGCAGAUGUUAACCUAUUUCAUCCUUUGCUGAAAUAUUUUUAGCACUGAUAAAAUUAAAUUAACUGAAAACUUACAUAAUUUAGUGCCCAUUACAUUUGUGUGUACAUAUGUGUACCUGUGAUUUGUAUUGCAAAUUUUUAAUACUAUGUUUAUAAUAUGAUCUGUUACAUCAUCGUCAGCAUAUUAUUAUUGUUGUUAUCAUCAUCAUUUGGUCCUCUGAAUUAUCACCGCCAACUCUUGUAUGUAUGUGAAGAGAAAAACCUGGCAGGCAUCUUUGAGCCUUGUGAGUCUCUAUUCAACAGCACACUUUACUUUAGAGAAAGGGUUCUGAAACAAGGGGGCCAAAAGUUUUGUUUGUGUAAGUGAACAAUCAAAUUCUUCUCGGUCAUGGUUUUUUUUUCCACUACUUCUUUUGUGUAUAUAUAUAUAUAUAUACACACAUGUGUGUGUAUGCAUAUAUAUGUAGGCAAUUUUUAUAGAAGAAUUUUACCUUUGACUCUUAAUGAUGCUCAUGUAAUAUAAUAUAUGUACGACAUAUAUAUAUAUAUACAUAAAGAGAGGUGGAAUUGAAAGUAUAUAUGUAUCUUUGUUGCCAAGAGAGAGGUGUGCUAACUAAAAUUUAUUCUUUGUUAUUUAGUCAGUUUUAUUAAAUUGCUUGAAGUUGUAUGUGAUAAGAUUAAGACAUUCAUAGAAAUAUUAUUCCAUCAAAUUGCCACGCUUGUGUAAACAUGUCAUGUUGUUAAAAUAUUGUUUGGUCAAGUUUCCAUCUUGGUUCGUCCUAAUCACUAAAUAUUUAAUGCUUCAUGAUGAUCCAUAUUACACGUAUUAGAAUUACGAUUGGUCAUCAUUAUUAUUUCAGUUUUUUGUUAUUGUUACCCUCCUUACUAUUAUCAUCAUCUCAUCUCUAUUAUUAUAUGCACUAUCAUACUCACUUGUAAAAGAAACUUGUAAAUGUAAUAAAGUGAAGUAAAACAAAGGC